UCAGCAGAGAGAACACCGCUGGAGUUUCGUCUCAUAUUAAUAUUUUCCCCCUUUUCAGUAAAAUGGCAGAAGCCAGAAUUUCUCAGGAUGAGUUGACGUGUCCAGUGUGUCUGGAUCUCCUGAAGGAUCCCGUGGCCAUUCCCUGUGGACACAGUUACUGUAAGAGCUGUAUUACAGGCUGCUGGGAUCAGGAGGAUCAGAUGAGAGUCUACAGCUGCCCUCAGUGCAGACAGACCUUCAGUCCAAGACCUGCUUUAGAAAAAAACACCAUUCAGGUUGAACUGGUGGAGAAAUCGAAGGAGACCAAACUUACUGCUGACUGUGACGCUGGAGUUGGAGAUGUGCAGUGUGACGUCUGUACUGGAAGAAAUUACAAAGCCGUUAAGUCUUGCCUGAUGUGUCAGGAAUCUUACUGUCAACAUCAUUUUGAGCGUCAUGAGGAAUUUCAUUCACGUAAGCCACACAAAGUGAUUGAUGCCACUGGACAACUGCAGGAGAUGAUCUGCCAGAAACAUGAGAAACAUCUGGAGAUGUACUGUAUUACUGACCAACAAUGCAUUUGUGAGCUAUGUACAAAAUAUGAACAUAAAAACCAUGACACUGUAUCAGCUGCAGCACAAAGGACAGAGAAUCAGAAGCAGCUGAAGGAGACACAGGAGACAUUCCAGCAGGGAAUCCAGCAGGGAGAGAAAGAUCUUCAGCAACUGAGAGAGGCUGUGGAGUCUCAUAAGCGCUCUACACAGACAGCAGUGGAGGACAGUGAGAGGAUCUUUACUGAGAUCAAAUUCUCAAUUGAGAGAAGGUGCUUUAAGCUGAUACGGCUCCUGAUUCCUGAUAUCAGGGAUCAGGCAAAGGCUGCAGUGAGUCGAGCUGAAGAACAACUGGAGCGACUGGAGCAGGAGAUUAAUGAUCUGAGGAGGAGAGACGCUGAGCUGGAGCAGCUUUCACACACACAGGAUCACAUCCAGUUCCUGCAGAGUUUCCAGUCUCUCUCAGCACCUUCUGAAUCAACAGAUGUAAAUGAUGAUCCCUUUAGUUCUCUCUUCUCUUUUGAUGACCUGAGAGAAUCUGUCCAUCAGCUGAGACAAAAACUGGAGGAUUUCUGCAAAGAGGAGCUCAAGAAGAUCUCAGACAGAGUCACACUCACUAGGAUCAGGAACAACAUCCUACAAUAUUCCCAUCAGCUCACUCUGGAUCCGAACACAGUGAAUAAAUACCUCCGUCUGUCUGAGAGCAACAGAGUGAUUACUGGCACUAAAAAAGAUCACCCGUAUCCUGAUCAUUCAGACAGAUUUGAUUUUUGGCAUCAGGUGUUGUGUAGUGAGAGUGUGUGUGGACGCUGUUACUGGGAGCUGGAGUGGAGUGGAGGUGAACAUGGUGUGCGUAUAUCAGUGUCAUAUAAGAGCAUCAGCAGGAAGGGACAGAGUAAGGCGUGUUUGUUUGGAAAUAAUGAUCAGUCCUGGAGUUUGCACUGCAAUCCCUCCAGAUAUUUAUUCAGACACAAUAACGUGUUGACUGAUCUCCCUGUAAAGUCCAUCAGCAGUAGAAUAGGAGUGUUUGUGGAUCACAGUGCAGGAACUCUGUCCUUCUACAGCGUCUCUGACACAAUGAGCCUCAUCCACACAGUCCAGACCACAUUCACUCAGCCGCUCUAUCCUGGGUUUUUGGUUUCUAGGGGAUCAAGAGUGGAACUGUUGAUGAAUCAGAAUAGAACUGAUGAGGGAUUCUACCCAUAAUACUUCGAGCUGCAUGAUAAAUCAAUAACAGAGAUGUUAUAGAGUCUCUUCUUUUCUCUUCAUGACGUUAAUACUGCAGAUGAACUUCUGUCAGUGAAAUAACAUGUAAGAAUAAAUGUGUGUAAUAAAUCCUCAUAUAGACAGUAAGAUCAGAUGUGUUUCU